AUGGAAAAAAUCUUAACGUCUUCAACCGACUUGAGUGAUAAUACCGGUCGCAUAAUCAAUCGACUUAUUUUGGAGUUGCUUGAGGAAAACGGCAAGUCCGGAAGAAUUUACAACGAUAGUGAGUUCACUUCCAAGUUGAAACGAGCCGGCCAGUACUGUCGCGACAUCGCCGCCUCCGCCAAGAAAUCGGAAGACAAAAUCGAGGAUUCUUCGUCAGAAGACUCUUCGAGCGAGGAAAGCAGCUCAGAGUCCGACUCGUCAGACUCCGGGACGCACUCGGAAAUCAACUUCGGUCGACUUGCGGUUGACUCUACUUCCGAAGACGAUUCCUCCUACGAAGACGACUCGUCUGGCUCAUCCGAGGAGGAAACCUCGUCCGAAGAAGAAUCAAGCGAGGAAGAAGAAUAUACUCCCUAG